AGGAGAUAUCCCGACCAACAAACUCCGGCCGCUCCCGCUCCCCUUUCCCAGAGCAACCAAACCAAAUCAUACCCAAACCCCAAGCCUAAAAAAAAAGCAACCCCAGAGACAACCAAUAUGACAGUCCCAACGGAACCGUGGCGGCCCCAUAAAUCCCUCUCCCUCUGAGGUGCCUAUUGGUUCCCUUCUCCCCAGACGAUACUUUAGAGCUUAGGUUGGUUGGUCGGUUGCCCCGUUGCCUAGAGAAUUGACAUGCUAUGAGAUGAUCACCCAUCAUGGCCCGCACCGCUGCCCAACAACUUUCUCUCCUCCAAUCCAACCCCAGACCUAACCCGACUAGUACCGAUAAGCCUAACGCUAAGACUACGCCCAAAACUGUCUUACUCUUCGGGUGCCAAUCCCUCGACUUCAACGUCCAUCAUUUCCGGUCUCUCCGUCGAGUGGUCCUCGAUUGUCCGGAACAUCACUGGGUAUUGGAUGUUCUGGCUGAGUUACCGGUCUACUGGCGGACCACGACGAAGUAUGUCCCGCAUUUGCAGGAGGCGCUUCCCGGGGCGGAGGAGCAGUUACGGGAGUUGAGUCGGUGGUUUCGGGUUCCGAAGGGGGCAGAGGAAGGGAAGGUUCCGCGGGAGGAGUGUUUCCCGUUACCGUAUAUUCAGCAUGCGCCGCUGUUUAUGGUUCAUCAUCUCGUGCAGUAUGCGAGUUAUAUGCGGAUGACGGGUGAGGAAGGGGAUGAAGGGGGCCCGGUGGUGGAGAUUGUGGGCUUUUGUAUUGGCUUUUUGAGCGCUGCUGUGGCGGCGUCGGUGACGGGUCUGGACCAGCUGCCAAAGUAUGGCGCGGUCGGAGUCCGCUUGGCGACGUUGUUGGGGGCUAUGGGUGAUGCGCAGGAAUGGGAGCGGAGGUAUACCUCGCUGUCAACGGUGUGGAAGGAUCCGGAGCUGGGAAGAGAGCUGCCGGGGGUGUUGGCGCGGUAUCCUGAGACAUACAUUACCGUCUGGUAUGAUGAGAACCGGCUGACAGUCAUGACGCCCCGGAGCUCCCUGGCCCCCUUGCAACAGUCCCUUCGGUCGGCCGGAUUCGUGGCGUACCAUAUCGAUUUCAACGGUCGCUAUCACUGGGCGGGCCAUCGGAAAACACUCGAUGCGUUGUAUGAGAUGUGUGAUGCGGACCCGGCGCUUCGGCUCCCCGACGCCUCGCAGCUGCGACGUCGCCCAUGGUCCAACAUCAGCGGCGACCCCGUCUGCAAGGGCCCCUUGCAUCGGCUAGUCCUGCAAUCCGUCCUCUCCCAGCCGUCCAUGUGGUAUGAGACAUUCGCGGCUGUGCACCGGUCGCAUCUGGAGGAUACAGACGCCAUCGUGGUCGAGUUUGGUCGCGAGCGCUGUGUGCCCCCGUCGUUCAUGCGAAGCCUGCGCGACCGCGUGAUACAUUAUGAUGACUUGGAGCUCGACUCAUUCUCGCGCAUCGCGCCCGCCGGUUCCCCUCGGGUCUAUGAUGAGGAUAUCGCGGUGGUGGGGAUGGCCUGUCGGGUCGCGGGCGCGGACGACCUGGAGGAGUUCUGGCAGCUUCUCUGUGCGGGAAAGUCACAACAUCGAGAAAUCCCACCGGAACGCUACAAGGACUAUGAGACGCCCUGGCGCCCGGACGCCGCUCGCCCAUGGCUCGGAAACUUUAUCCGCGAUAUCGAUGCCUUUGAUCACAAGUUCUUUAAAAAGGUGCCGCGCGAGAUCAUGUCGCAGGAUCCACAACAGCGCCUGCUCCUGCAGGUCGCAUACCAGGCACUUGAACAGUCCGGGUACUUCCACAGGAACGCCACUAAAGAAGUCGGAUGUUACAUCGCCUGCUGCACCGUCGACUAUGAGCACAACGUCAACUGCCAUCCAGCCACCGCAUAUGCCGCCACGGGUCUCCUGCGAAGUUUCAUCGCCGGAAAGCUGAGCCACUAUUUCGGGUGGCAUGGUCCAGCGUUGUGCAUCGACACGGCGUGCUCAGGGUCAACGGUCGCGCUGCACCACGCGUGCCGGGCAAUACUCAACGGAGACUGCAAGGCGGCUCUGGUCGGGGGCGCCAAUGCAAUCACCAGCCCCCUUGGCUUUGACAAUCUCAACGGAGCGUCGUUUCUCUCCCCGACCGGCCCCUGCAAACCGUUCGAUGCCAAGGCGGAUGGCUACUGCCGCGGCGAGGGUUUUGCGGCGAUCGUCGUCAAGAAAUUGUCCGAUGCCCUUGCCGCAGGAGAUCCAAUCCUGGGCACCAUCGCCGGAACCGCCGUCGAACAAAACGACAAUUGUACUCCCAUCGUGGUACCCCAUGCACCAUCGUUGGCAGCGCUGUUCAAGAAAGUCACCGAACGGGCCCGGAUCCAUCCACGCGACAUCUCGGUCGUAGAGGCUCAUGGCACCGGCACCCAGGCUGGCGACCCCGCGGAGUAUAGCAGCGUGCGACAGGUGAUGGGCGGACCGCAACGGACAGCUCCUCUUUCCUUGGGAUCGGUCAAGGGGCUGGUCGGACAUACCGAAGGUGUCUCGGGGAUAAUUGCGCUGGUCAAGGUGCUGCUCAUGAUGCAGGAGGGCAAAACCCCGCCGCAGCCGAACUUUCAGACACUUAACCCGCACAUUCAAGCAUCAUCGGAGGAUCAAAUAGAGAUUCCAACUCAGCUGAAGCCUUGGAUAGCGGAUUAUCGUGCCGCGUUGAUCAACAAUUAUGGCGCAUGCGGAUCGAAUGCCUCCAUAGUCGUUACACAGGCCCCAGACGCAAGACAACCACCGACUGCUAUCCACGAUCCCGGUUUGUCCCUACCAUUCCGGCUAUGCGGUCUGGACGAGAACCGGAUCCGUGCCUACGCACGACGACUUCAACAAUUUCUUCACCACAAAGCUCUGUCGUCACAGCAUGCCUCUCUGGCCAACAUUUCCUUCGGCACAGGCCGCCAGUCGAAUCCAACUCUGGACUGCCAACUCGUCUUCAGCUGUGCCUCCAUGGCUGACUUCGAUGCAAAGCUAUCAUCUGUGAUUGAAGGACGCGAUACCCAAUUUAUCCGCUUAAAAAAGCCCAUGGCACCCGUUGUGCUCUGCUUUGGGGGGCAGGUCUCCACCUUCGUGGGAUUAGACCGUGCUGUCUACUACACCAUGCGUGUGCUACGCGAUCAUCUGGACGAAUGCAACCGCCUGCUCGAGUCUCUCGGCUACCCGAGUCUCUACCCUGGCAUCUUUGAGCGCACUACCAUUGGAGACCAAGUCAAGCUGCAGACACAGUUAUUCUCAUUGCAGUAUGCAUGUGCCCGUUCCUGGAUGGACUGCGGUGUCCCUGUUACCGCGAUUGUCGGUCACAGCUUUGGCGAGCUAACGGCAAUGUGCGUUUCUGGCGUGCUGUCACUCGUCGACGCCUUGGCAUUAGUCGCCCGUCGAGCUAUCCUUAUCCGAGAUAAUUGGGGAACGGACGCUGGCGGCAUGAUCGCGGUGGACGGUGGCCGUGUGGAAAUCGAGGGUCUUCUAACAGAGUCGGCAAAGACGACCACCGGCGUAGCCCCAGCAGAAAUUGCUUGCUUCAACGGGCCUCGUAGCUUCACUCUGGCCGGCUCCGUCGUAGCUAUCGAUGCAGUCCAGCACACCCUGGCCACGAACCCAACAUUCUCCAGUAUUCGGUGGAAGCGACUAAACGUAACAAACGCCUUCCACAGUGCCUUGGUCGAACCAUUGAUUGCCGACCUGAAAGGUAUCACCCAAGACCUGACUCUCAAUGAGCCAAUCAUGCACUAUGAACGCGCCACCGAGCAGCCAUGCACUGGGCUUCCCACUGCGAGUAUCGCCGCGGACCACCUACGCCAGCCAGUAUACUUCAGCCACGCCAUCCAGCGUCUUGCUGCGCGACACCGCUCAUGCAUCUGGCUAGAAGCAGGCUCCAAUUCGACCAUCACGGUAAUGGCCAGUCGCGCCUUAGAAGCAACCAGCGUAAAUCAUCGCUUCCAGGCGGUCAAUAUUACAGGGGAUAGCGGAGUCCGGAACUUGACAGAUGUCACGAUAGCUCUUUGGAGAGAGGGAGUGCCCACGACGUAUUGGGCGCACCAUUCCUCGCAAACACCAGAAUACGGGGUCCUGCUUCUGCCACCAUAUCAGUUCGAGAAGAGCAGGCACUGGAUGGACAACAAGCCACUGCCGACUAUGAACACGGCGCAUCCGAAGUACAAGGAAGCACUAUCUGGCCACGUAGGUGCGCAAACAGCUCCGCUUGCUCCGGCGUCGCAUAUGCUAGACAAUGCUGUCGAGGCGCUACGCAGCCUGUCAGAAGGAAAGGGUAAGGUUCCGCAGGUGAAGAACGUCACCAGUGAUGCACCACUCGGCCUUGACAAUCGAGACGUCCAAAUCAUGUUGCACGCGCAAAACAAGGACAAGACUGUCUGGGAUCUGAAGUAUACCAGUGAAGAUCGACAGAAAGGCGCUCGGUCGCAAGUCGUUCAUUGUUCCGCCCGAAUCACGAUGUUUUCACCCGACGAUCCUGCACUUGCGGGAGAAUUCGCUCGGUAUAGCCGUCUGGUCAACCACCGCCGAUGCCACGAGCUUCUCAAUGACCCUGAUGUAGACGAUGUUCUACAGGGCCGCAACCUUUACCGUUACUUUUCCGAGAUUGUCGAAUAUAGCGAGCCAUACCGGGGAGUGCGAAAACUGGUAGGCAAAGGGAACGAAUCAGCCGGACACGUAGUCAAGAAAUAUUCCGCCGAGACUUGGGCAGAUACCUAUCUGUGCGACUCCUUCAGUCAAGUCGGCGGCUUCUGGGUGAACUGCAUGACGGACCGAUCCCCGUCAGAUAUCUAUAUCGCCAGUGGUAUGGAGCAAUGGAUGCGUACACCUCUGUACGCCGAUUCGGAAACGCCUCGUCCAGAUACAUGGGACGUUUUUGCAACCCAUGAGCGCUCAGAUGGUCUUUACACCAGUGAUAUCUUUGUCUUUGAGCCGACCAGCGGCAGACUCGUUGAAGUCUUCAUCGGGAUGCAAUAUUCACGCGUACCGAAAGCUAUGUUCUGCAAGAUUCUCGGCAAAUUGAAUCCAACCUCUCUCCAGGCUCAACCAGACGCAUCACAGGCGGUAAAACGCACUUCGGAUAUUCCGGCACGCAUCAAGUCUGUGGUUGCCGAGUUUUGUGCUGUAGACCCCUGUGAGAUCCGCGACGACGACAAUAUGGCGGAUUCUGGUGUAGAUUCCCUCAUGGCCAUGGAGCUGGCGCGCGAACUAGAGGAAGCAUUCCAUUGUACCCUGUCAGCAACUGACUUGAUGGAGGCGGAGACCUUCCGAGACCUUGUCUGUGCAGUGCAGGGCGCUAUGGGAGUAGAUACUGAUAGCGCCCAAGACACGCUCGACAGCAGCACCGGAUCAGAUAUCGAAGGCGAUCAGGACUCUGUCGCUAACACGCCUAGCACCGAGUCAAUUACCAGCCUUAGUACCAACACUCCCGAGCUGCAAUUGCCAGAGGACUUGAUCCUUGAGGCUUUUGGCGAAACAAAAGCCUUAACAGACCAGUUCCUGUCCGAGAACCAUUGCAGCGGACGUGUUCAUAGCUUCAAUCCGCUGCAGAUGCAGCUCUGCGUCACCCUUACGCUCGAGGCAUUCGAGAUCCUCGGCUCGUUCAUUCGAGCGGCGAAACCAGGCCAACCACUAGACCGCAUAUCCCACGACCCCCAGCAUCAAGAAUUGGUCGACUACCUAUACCGACGGCUGGAGGAAGCACGCCUUGUGGAUUUGGAUGAAACGGGAGUAAUCCGCACGGGGAUCACUUGGCUCAGCAAGUCCAGUACCACCAUUCUCGAGGAUAUUGGCCGUACGUACCCGGAAUUUGCCGGUGCCAGCAAACUGGCGUUCUUCACAGGCAGCAAAUUGGCUGCAGUUUUGCGCGGCGAGCAGGACGGCUUGCAGCUUAUCUUUGGGACGAAAGAAGGACAAGAGCUCGUGUCCUGGAUGUACGGCGACGAGUCGCACAACGUGACCGGGUACAAGCAGAUGCUAGAUUUCAUCCAACGCCUCACGCACAAAGUAGGCAGCGAAUCAGGCCCGCUGAGGAUUCUCGAAAUGGGCGCUGGUACCGGUGGCGGUACGAAAUGGCUUCUUCCCGGACUCACCAAACUUGGGAUUCCUGUCGAAUAUAUAUUUACCGAUAUCUCGCUCGCAUUCCUAGCUCAAGCCCGUCGGCGCUUCAAGGAAUAUGCAUUCGUACAAUACAAAGUGCAUGAUAUCGAGAAGCCCCCGGCCCAUGAGCUUGUCGGGACACAGCACAUCAUAAUUGCUAGCAAUGCCGUGCACGCUACGUCGAAUCUGCAGGUCUCCACGCGCAACAUGCGAAAGUUCCUGCGCCCUGACGGUGUCGUCAUGAUGCUGGAAAUGACCAGGCCUCAGUUUGCUAUCGACAUUGUCUUCGGGCUCUUUCGUGGUUGGUGGGUAUUUAACGAUGGGCGCACCCAUGCCAUUACCAGCGAGCAACGCUGGGAGGCAGAUCUGCAUGCUGUUGGGUAUGGCCAUGUUGACUGGACGGACGGUUAUUCACCAGAAGUGAGCGUCCAGCGAGUGCUUUUCGCUACCACUGGGGGUGAACAAAGACCACGGUUGCCACUGGGGCCAAAACCAGCAGGCGUGGAUCUCCUUGCUGGUGUUGAUAGUGUUGCUCGUGAGCGGGCAACUGACGAAUACAUUCUGCGCAUUAUCGAAGGCUUCACUGAGCCUGUACCUGCUUCAAAGCCUGUGACAGGACCCAUAUGCAUCCUGGUGACUGGAGCCACCGGAAGUUUGGGUAGCCAUCUGAUAGCACAUCUGGCUCGACUAAAGGUAGUCCACACUGUGGUCUGUUUGAAUCGACGAGUGCUAGGGGACCCGCUAGAGCGGCAGAAGCAAGCUCUAGCUGAGCGCGGCAUUAGCCUUCGUCCAGACGAAAUGACAAAAUUGACGGUCCUUGAAGGAGAAGGGGCGGAACGGCUUGGUCUCUCGAAUGAGCAAUAUGACCUGCUCAACAAAUCCGUCACGCAUAUUAUUCAUAAUGCUUGGUCAAUGAAUGGAGCACGGAGUCUAGCCACAUUUGAAUCUCAAUUUCGAACAAUGAGAAGCUUGAUCGAUCUGGCCCGAGAUAUCGCCUCAACCCGGUCGUCUAAUAGCCGCGUCGGGUUCCAGUUCAUUUCAUCCAUCGGAGCAGUUGGCCAUCGACCGUUACUAACCGGCGAGAAGACGGUCACAGAAGACCGCAGCACAAUUGGCUGGGCGCUGGCGAAUGGCUACGCCGAAGCAAAGUUUGUUUGCGAGCAGGCUCUCCACCUGACUUUGUUACAAUUCCCGAACCUAUUCAAUGCCAUGAUAGUGCGACCGGGACAGAUAGCUGGAUCUUCUACCAGUGGAUAUUGGAAUACUGCAGAGCAUUUUCCUGCCGUGAUAAAGUCCGCGCAGACCCUGAAGAUCUUGCCUGCCCUGGAAGGGACGUUAUCCUGGACGCCAGUUAAUGACGUUGCAGCCACCCUCACCGAUCUUAUACUCACAGAGAACCCUCAUCCAAUCUAUCAUAUCGACAACAUGACUCGUCAGCCAUGGGAUGAUAUGAUAAGGGUGUUCGCCCGAGAAUUGAAUAUUCCCCCGGAUAAUAUCAUCCCCUUCCCAGAGUGGAUACAUCGAGUGAAGGCGUUCCCUGGAACUCGGGAAGACAACCCGGCCAGCGUAAUGGCCGACUGGCUGAGUGACCACUUUGAGCGCAUGUCGUGCGGGGGGUUAUUAUUGGACACGUCCCACGCGCGCCAGCAUUCGGCAGCAUUGCGGGUCCUAGGGCCUGUCGAUCCCACGGUGGCCCGUCGCUACAUUCAGCACUGGAGACAGAGGGGGUUUCUGCGGUAACAGGGUGGUUCUCCAUUCCGUCGUGCAUGUUCAUAGCAUUAAACCCGGAAUAGAUGUACCUAUAGUAGAUAGAUUCAGACUCCAAAACACAAUGUUACUGCAGUAGCUAAUGACUGGAUUCGCAUCUCAAGAUGGCAUGACUUCGUUCUGACGCUUGACGGUGGAGGGUGGGAUUCUGCUGAGUGACACGGCUUUAUUCUUCAUAAUAACGUGCUUCACAUAAAAUGGUCUUGGGUUCAUUGAGAGGCAAAUGACU